UGCUUGUCUUGUUGGGACCUUAAGAAGCUCGUGUAGAUCGCGGGAGAUCACCAUUUACUGAGUGUAUAAACUGGAACGUGGAAUUAAAAACCAGGAUCAACUUGAGGUGCAAUGCUUCAACCGCAGGAUUUGAUCUGCUUUCGACACUGUGGAAACACGAUAUUUGUGCGUGAAACCGUAUCGAUCUGUCCGCUGUGUAGUGAUCCGCUGAGCAGCAAUCUGGAGAGUCCACCAUUAACGCUAUCCUGUCCAUUCGUCAGGGCAUCUCAGUAUCCAGCCGCAAUCGUGUUGCGCCCAUCUAGUGGAGAUUUCCUAUGUUCUUUUCAAAAUCAACACAAUUUACAUAUAGCCGUCACUUCAGUGGAGGGUGAUAUCGUUGAAUAUGAUAUCGAUGGGCUGACCAAACAAUCAGGCAAAAACAACAGAGCUUGGGAUCAGUGUCUGCUAAUCGCACAGGUGCCAGAAGGAUGGUAUGAUCGAUGGGACGAAGUGUUAGCUGCUGAGACCGUUAGAGAUCUCGUAUGGACCAAGGACGCCUAUCAAGAACAGAACCACAAUUGCUACAGCUUUGUGUUAAGUUUCCUGCGAAGUUUGGAGUAUAACGACUUUUCUGAUUGCUGUCACGAUAAAUUAUUAUUCAGUGAAAAGUUUAUUGUACCGAAGACAAAAACCGCGGCCAAGUACAUAACGAUCCAUCGAAAAUUGCAAACGUGUCCGUAUUGGAUUGAGAAGCAGGUGUAGCAACGAUCAAUGCUGCGAAUACAUUGCAAAUAGAUCUCUCUUCUGUUAGUAAACUUGCGGAGAAUAAUGAAAUGAAAAUGUUAUCCGAAGUUCUUGUAACGAAAGCCGGUUUUAUUUCGAAAUUCAAAUUUGCAGCACCCCAAUAAGCCAUUUCACUAUCGAAUUAGUAAUGAUCAAUGCUGCGUUGAUCGUUGCUGUUCUACACGGAAUUCGACGGAGUUUUUACUGGUAGCGGCUAUAGAAAAUCGAUAGAAAAAGUACAUCAUCAAUUAAAUGCUUUGG